AUGAAUAUGGUUUUCAUAAACCAGGAGGAGGCCAACAGCAUCUUACAUAGGCAAAGACGAGCCAAUUCAUUUUUGGAAGAACUGAGGUCGGGGUCACUGGAGAGAGAGUGCAAGGAGGAACAGUGCUCAUUUGAAGAAGCCAGGGAGAUCUUCAAGAGCACUGAGAGAACUAAGCAGUUCUGGAUUACUUAUAAUGAUGCAAAUCAAUGUGCCUCAAAUCCAUGUCAGAAUGGAGGCUCCUGUAUGGACGAGUUCCAGUCUUACAUUUGCUUCUGCCUUGAUGAUUUUGAGGGUCGGAACUGUGAGACAAACAAAAGGAACCAGCUGAUCUGUUUGAAUGAAAAUGGGGGCUGUGAACAAUACUGCAGCGACAACCCAGAGACCAAGCGCUCUUGCCGGUGUCACGAGGGCUACACACUCAUGGCUGAUGGAGUGUCCUGUGUGCCCACAGUUGAAUAUCCAUGCGGAAAAAUACCUGUUCUGGAAAAAAGAAAUGACAGCAAUUCCCGAGGCCGGAUUGUGGGUGGCAGGUUGUGUCCCAAAGGGCAAUGUCCAUGGCAGGCUGUGAUAAAGCUGAAUGGGAUGCUGCUGUGUGGCGGAUCUCUGCUUGAUGCCACCUGGGUGGUCUCCGCAGCCCACUGUUUCGACAGAUUUAACCUAAGAAACUGGAAGUCUCUAAUAGUCGUGUUGGGUGAGCAUGACCUUAGUGAAGAGGAUGGUGAUGAACAAGAAAGCCAAAUUGAUCAAAUAAUAAUCCCAGAUAAGUAUAUUCAAGGCAAGACCAACCACGACAUUGCCCUGCUCCGCCUGAGGACACCAGUGAACUUUACUGACUAUGUAGUGCCCCUCUGUUUGCCUGACAAAACAUUCUCUGAGCAAACACUGGCCUACAUCCGGUUCUCCUCCGUGAGCGGCUGGGGCCAGCUUCUCGACAGGGGCGCCACAGCCCUGGAGCUCAUGAUCAUAGAUGUGCCCAGGCUGAUGACCCAGGACUGUAAGGAACAAACACAAAGGGUAGCCAACUCCCCAGUGAUGACAGAGAACAUGUUCUGCGCUGGCUACUUAGAUGGGACCAAAGAUGCAUGCAAGGGUGACAGUGGAGGCCCACAUGCCACCAAGUACCAAAACACGUGGUACCUGACAGGAAUUGUCAGUUGGGGUGAGGGCUGUGCAGCCAUAGGCCACCUUGGGGUGUACACCAGGGUUUCCCAGUAUAUCAAAUGGCUCAAUAGGCUCAUGCACUCACAACCAAGCCCAGACUAUCUUCUACGAGCCCCUCUUUCCUAG